CUGGAGAGCGCUCAAGACGACAUUGACGCCCAAUUCCGCCCGCCAUGGCCGACCAGCAAGCCACCUACCACCCGCGGGACACGCUCUCCAACACGGCGAACACGACGCUCCAAACAACCGCCUUUGGCGCAAUCAUUGCGGGUGCGCAGAACACGCUACGGAAGCAGAAUGUCGGAGCCAUGGGCAUCAUCACCCGCUCGGGGGGCAUAAUCGCCCUCUAUGCCGCUGUGGGAGCAACCUAUCAAUUCACACUCGACUCGACCAGCAACCUGCGACAGAAGGACGACUGCUACAGCGAAGCCAUUGCUGGCUUUGCAGCCGGAUGUGGUGUUGGCAUCGCCAGGCGAAGCCUUCCGUUCAUGCUCGGCGCAGGAGCCGCUUUCUCCGCCGUCCUGUCUGCAUACAGAUACACCAACGGCUUCAAGGGUGGCGUAGAUCUCCAGACAGACGGCGAUAAUGAGGUCGAGCGUAGGGACGAGCUGAAGAAAAUGCGCAGGCGGCCACUGUCGGAAACCAUCGAGCAACUGGGCGAGGGCCGAGGUAUCUAUGCUCCUGGUUAUGAGGAGAGGAGACGGCAACGACUACUGGAGAAGUACGGUAUCGACGUAAAGGCGGCACAGGAGUCGGCCUAAUUGCAACACACGCUUUCUUUGGAGUUCACAACAGCAACCAUCUCAUCGUAGAGAUCUGGGCUAUAGCAGGCUCGUGUAUAUACUACCUCAACAAUCGAAUUGGAUCACUAUGUAACAAUUGUACAAGUGCAGCUUUGGACACACAAUCUGCCAGGCU